AAGGCAGGCAGAGAGGCAGGCUGUGAAUGCUAACAAGCCCCGUCGUAAUCAUACAGCUCCGUUGGUAGGCUUUGAUAAAACGCCUUGCAAUGGAGAGGAACGACGACCACUAUUAAACACCUACUAUGCGCCAGUGCCGCGUUCGCCCUGCGCGCGUGCAGCAGCCUCAUAGUCGUCGGCACGUUUGAUCAGAAAACCCCGUCUUUUUCCGCUGAGUGAAAUGUAUCGCGACUGCUCGGGAUUCACAUUUUGACAAUGGAGAUUGAAAAUAUCGUGGCCAACACGGUUCUCCUGAAGGCGAGGGAAGGUGGAGGAGGUAAGAGGAACGGUCGCAGUAAGAAAUGGAAGGAGAUGCUAAAACUCCCCCACAUCAGCCAGUGUGAGGAGCUACGCCGCACUAUUGACAGGGACUACACCAGUCUAUGUGAGAAGCAGCCCAUUGGUCGGCUGUUAUUCCGUCAGUACUGUGACACCAGGCCAGAGCUGAAGCGCUGCAUCGAGUUUAUGGAUGCUGUGGCCAUGUACCAGCUAGCUCCUGACGAGAAGAGGAGGGACUGUGGACUGAAUCUUUUAGACACAUACUUUAAUAAUGGGUCGGCAGCCCAUCUGCCAGACGUACCCCAGGAUGUGGUCGCUGGGUGUCGGGAGAGGCUGGAGCAGAGUCCGUGUAAGGAGCUCUUCAAUGACUGCACCAAAAUAGUUCGUGAUUAUCUGAGUGGAGCUCCAUUUUCUUCCUACCAGGACUCCAUGUACUUCUCUCGCUUCCUGCAGUGGAAAUGGUUGGAGAGGCAACCAGUAACCAAAAAUACCUUCAGACAUUAUAGAGUACUAGGAAAAGGUGGAUUUGGCGAGGUUUGUGCCUGCCAAGUACGUGCCACCGGUAAGAUGUACGCCUGUAAAAAGCUGGAAAAGAAACGAGUGAAGAAAAGAAAAGGUGAAGCAAUGGCACUAAACGAAAAACGCAUUUUAGAAAAAGUUAACAGUAGUUUUGUAGUUAGUCUAGCAUAUGCCUACGAGACCAAGGAUGCGCUGUGCCUGGUGUUAACCAUAAUGAACGGCGGAGACCUAAAGUUCCACAUCUACAACAUGGGCAACUCGGGCUUCGACGAGCAGAGGGCCAUCUUCUACGCUGCUGAGAUCUGCUGUGGCCUUGAGGACCUGCACCGUGAGAGGAUAGUCUACAGGGACUUGAAACCUGAAAACAUCCUUCUGGAUGAUCGUGGACACAUCCGAAUUUCAGAUCUGGGCCUUGCUGUUCAAAUCCCUGAAGGAGAGACGAUACGAGGGAGAGUAGGCACUGUUGGAUACAUGGCUCCCGAAGUUAUCCAGAACGAGAGCUACACUGUCAGCCCGGACUGGUGGGGGCUGGGCUGCCUGAUCUUUGAGAUGAUACAGGGCCAGUCACCCUUCCGCAAGCGCAAGGAGCGUGUCAAGCGGGAGGAGGUGGACAGACGAGUGCGCGAGGACCCGGAGGAGUACUCUGAUAAGUUCUCAGAGGAGGCAAAGGACAUCUGCAGACAGCUCCUGGCUAAGGACCCUAAGGAGCGCCUGGGCUGCCAGGGUCGAGGGGCCAUAGAGGUCAAGCAGCACCCCAUCUUCAGAAACAUCAACUUCAAACGGCUGGAGGCCAACAUACUGGACCCUCCCUUCAGCCCCGAUCCUCGGGCGGUGUACUGUAAAGACGUUCUGGACAUUGAGCAGUUCUCCACCGUCAAAGGCGUGAACCUUGACCCCACGGACGAUGACUUCUACCACAAGUUUGUCACAGGCAGUGUCUCCAUCCCGUGGCAGAACGAGAUGAUUGAGAUGGAGUGCUUCAAAGAAAUCAACGUCUACGAGACUGACGGGACGCUGUGCUCAGACCUGGACGUGAACCGGCCUAAUCCUCCACCAAAGAGAGGCUUCUUCUACCGCCUGUUCAGACGAGAGGCAAGUGCUAGUGCUCCGCCAACUGUCCGAGGGGGUGGGGGCUAAGGUCUGUUUUAAGAGCGGUUACAGCGACGACGAGAUCGAAGAGCCCUCGCGACUUUAAACCACUCCCUCCACCUGUCUCCUCCUUCCCCCCUCCCCCCUCGCCGCUGAACUUCACCACAAACUCCAACCGAGCGCAAAUCUUAGGAACUCAGUGAAUGUUGACCUGUAUUUAUGAGCUGUAUUAAAAGUGUAUUAUAAUUAAAGAAAAAAGUAUGAGUUUAAAGAUUUUGUACAUUUGUACUUGAAUUUAUGUCUAGAUGUAUAUUUUCACUAAAGGUUGUAUUGUACAAAAAGCCAUAAAAGUACCACUUGAAUGCAUACAUUACAUUUUUAUUUCUUUUUUCUUUUCUUUCGGAAUGAGUAUGGAUAAUGUGUAUUGGGGAGGGUUUUUUUUAAGAAGCACAGUACCAGUAGUCUUUUUAUUUUUCUCAAUGUAGCAUAAAGCCUUUUUGUUUUUACAUGUGCUGUAUGUUUGCCAUCGAUUUGCCCAAUGUGAUGUAGUGUUAGCACGUCAGAUCCACCUGGUCCUAAACUAUCCUUUAGCCCUUCAAGGUUCAGGCAGAUCUGAAUGAAGUGCAUAGAUUCAAAUGAUAUGGGGGGGGGGGGAAAUAAAUCCACUUUAACAUUGAUGUGCUUAUGUCAGGCUGCUUAAGCCUUCCUGUAUGUUUCCCAGAUCUCCACCUGCCCCUUUCAUUUAAGUUGGUUUAGAAGUGGUAAUCUACAUCCUUCCCUUAGCCUGGUAAACUGUCUUCUAGGUGCCUGUACCAACUCAAUUCUAGCAGCGAUGGCAUGGAUUUAUUUCUGACAAUCUUGUGCAACAAAAAGAAUCUUUUAAAAUACAAGAAAUAUUACGUAGGCCUUUUCUGUAAUACAAGGCCAGAUUAUUACCAUUCCUGGACCUCUCCAAAAAUCUCUCAUGAGUUGCAAAAUGCUCAGAACAUUAGUUUCAGAUGCCAGACAGUGUUUCCUUCAGGAGCACAGCUGUUAAGUCAAAGUCUGUUACAUUAUUCACUCAGGCAAAACAAUUUUAGGUGAAUUAUCUUUAUUCCUCAUCCUUUUUUCUACUUCUUUUGUUGGACUAUCGGGCUUUUAUUUGUUGUUUAUGUUUUUUCCUGACGUGUCCGGUCGCUAUUAACCUGUUUCAUGUGUGAAGAAGAAGUCCUUUCCCUUAUAUAUAGCCUUGUAAUUUGCCACCCAAACUUUUAGUAUACCAGAAAGCCUAGGACAAGUUGACUGGACACAGAGUUGGAGGAUGAUGAUAAUAAUGGCACUGUAUCAGAUUUGAACUGCAGCUGACAAGGCAUUCAUCUAGAUAACAAAUCGCUUUUGCAUCAAACUAACUUCCAUUGAUUCAACUGUCAGCAGCUAUUAGCCUCUGCGCUGAGUCAAGAUACAGCCUGCUUUGGCCUCUGUGCCUGUUGAUCAUAGAUAGCACGAUGCCUGUCGGCCACAUAUCCUGCUAGUAGACCUCCAGUUAAAUCCUGUGGCUUUAGCAGUGUUUGUACUAGAUUAAUCUUAAUAGUGCCCACCUUUAACCAUUGAAAUCCUGUAUGUUGUUCACUCAUAGGAAUGACUUGAGACAGUUGCUUGUAAGCGUGUGGACGUGGAGGAACAGAGAAAUGAUGCCUGCAGAGUUACCAUCAUCCUCGUACAGGAACACUCGACCACGUGCAGAACCACAGUUGCUGUGCCCUUUUGUUUUGUAGAAGUGUUUCCUUCCAAGUUAACAGUCAUGAACAAAUACACAUUCUGUACAUUUCCCAUCAUGUUCUAAUCAGGAUUAUGUUCACUGUUUGUUCUCAUCGGCAUUUCAAAGACAUUUGAAGCCAUUUUGCGUUUGAAUUUUGCUUUUGAGGCAGUCGCUGUUUACUCCCCACCACCUGUUUUAAUGCUGUGAAUACCCAAUCUGGACAUGUUAGCUGUGUGCGUGUGUGUGUGUGUGUGUGUGUGUGUGUGUGUGUGUAUAUUACACUGUAUGCAAAGCUUUUGUUCAGUCCAGUGCAUUGAAGUACAACAAUACAAUAGUACAAAAUCAUCUAAGGAAUGUCACAUUCAAUUGAAUUUCAAACUAUUCAAGACCGCUUACUUUUAAAAUGGUACGCAUGCAAUUCCCCAUGUUGUUAACUAAUUUGGAGAGUUGGCAUAUUCUAAAAAUGUUGUCCCCUGUUGCACAUUCCAUUUUCAAAAAUCAGGAAUCGAACGCGUGCAUCUAGCUGUUGCUGGCUUGUUGUCACUUGAGUUUUGUGUUUUCUUUUCUUUUUUGUUUUUUGUGUUGCUCUCAGGCACAUUUUGAAGCAGAUUUCUCUUGCCUAUGUAGAUUUUAGCCUCUUAGCUCUUUAGCCUCAAAAACCUUGUAAAUGAUGUAUUUCUAAUAUGUAACUAAGCUCUAACACACAUUCACUCAUUCUCACAGGGAAACUAAACUGUUUGCCAGCCAUGCCUCUGUCAUUAUUUGAAUUCUUAUACCAUCCAUACAGCAGUACACAUUCUGUUUAGUUUCAUUGCACUAUGGUGUGUUUUGAUAAUGACUAUAGGAAGUGUCUUUAACUUUUUUGCCAAUGAUACCAAAAGCAACAUUAAGGAAAUCCAACUUGUUCUGUUAUGAAAAAUUUACUAAAGACAGACUUGUCAGCCUUUAUUGUAUGUGCCAAUUGCCAAGUUAAGUUCUGACAUCCCGCCUUUUUUUCGAUCUCUGUAUCAUUCCGUCCAUUCUGAGAGAAAUUCCUUUCCUUCACAUAAAGGAACUUUAAACAGCUCAACAGUUUUGAAUGUCCGCACUAAGUGCAUUGUAAUGCCUGUUUUAAAAAAUACAUACGUUUUAUUAUUCAAGCAUGUAUUGGUUUGUAAUACUUCAGGUUCCUUGUAUAUGUAAAUGAUGACCUUCUAGUGCCAACAUAUCUCACUGGUAUCAGAGGACAACUUUAUAAAUGGCAAGGUGACCAGCUGAGUUGGCCCUGUUUGAAUACAAGCAUACCUUCUCUCCUGCCUUCCUCCAAGGCGCUGCUGGUGAGUCUCUCCCUAAAAACUGGGAUGAUACUCACCAGCAACGUUUAGAAGUGAGAGAUCCUCAGUUCCUUGAUGUCACUUGAAUCUAAUUUUGGGAGAACCACCGAUAAAUGCCUGAAGUUUCUCUGGGGUUUCACACGCCUCUGUCCAGAUAUGUCAGAUGGGUGAUAUUUUCAAGGAAGGGAGGAAUGACAAAUGCAUUAUUGGUAUUCAAACGGGGCCUGGGACUUCUUGAUUUUUCCUUUUGUAUCUGUACAGUCAUGUCGUUCAACCACUGCAGUCAUUGUUAAUUCUUGUACAAGUUGUAUCACUGGUUGUUGUACCAUAUCUGACAUUUGUAAUUAUGAAAUAAUACACUGCCAUUUGUAUAAAAAUACUUGUCUUGA